CUGCAACAGCUACUGCUCUUGCUCCGUUCUGCUUUAUUUUGCCACUGUUUAAUGGUUAUCCUUGGCGCCGUUCUGUCCGCUAGAGCUGUUGUUGUCGAUUUAGAGUUGCUGCGCAAUGGGGCCACUAGGAGAGUAUUGCUGCUGUUGAACCAUGGGCUCUGCGGCCGAGACUCUGCCGCCGAAGAACACUCUUCCGGUGGCUGCCGGUCUGCCGUUGAACCGGUUCAGAGACCGCCACUAUUCCGGUUCAGCUGUUCCUUCUUCAUUCGUGUUGUUGUGGUUACCGCGGGAGUGGCUUGGAGCCAAGGUUGCGUUGUUGGUGAUCUCGGUUUAAGAGAGGAGGUUCCUGUGACGCGUUUGGAUUAUGGAAUUGCGUUUUGAGGUAGGGGCGCUUUCCAAAAACUAUAGUUUAUUAUUGGAAUUAUUACAUAUGGGUACUGAUGUGAGAUAUUGUGUAUUUGGUGAUUGUAUCUGCCUUAUGUAUUAUUUGAUUGACUCGAAUGACUAUGGAUAUUGGUUUGGCCGAAUUGUUGAGUGGCUUGUGAAAUGUAACGUUUGAAGUUGAUUCUUUAAAGAUUUGAAAUGAGUUUAAUCCGUUGAGGA